AUGGCAGAAGAACAAAACAAUGCAAGGAGGACCAUUGGAGACUACAAUACGCCUACUUCCGAGAGUUGCGGAGAUAGAAUAGUGAGGUCCAUGGUUCAAACAAAUAAUUUUGAGGUACAAUGGGACCAAUUUGGAGGAUAUUAUGUACCAAGAUCUUCAUGGAACAAGAAUGGAAAAUCAUUAACAGAAAAUCGUAUCAUCAAUACAUCUUUGGAGAAUAAUUGGACCAACCAUUACAAAGGCAUUGAACAAAAAUCAACAUUUGAUAAAUAUGAGAAGAGACAAAUAAUAAAUGCAGUCACUACAGAAUCAUAUGAACCUGAAUCACAAGCUCAUAAUUCAAAAAUUAUUAUUGAAUCUAUCAUACACGGCUUGGAUACUUUUCGCAAAUUUAGCAGAUUCUACGCAUUCAUGAGCCAAGUGGCAGGUUCACUUUUUUCUUCACUCCUUGCUGUGGAUAAUCUAUCACAAUUAUAUCCAACAUUUUUUAAUGGCUAUUUACAGUAUAUUGUACCACACUUCUUCAUGCAUCUCUAUCUUGUUGGAUUGAAUCAAUUAGCUGAUCUUGAAAUAGACAAGGCAAAUGCAUGUGCUUGA